UUCAUCCAUCUUUUUGUCUUGUCUUAAGAAGCAUUUUUUUAUAAUGUAUUGGAGCUUGGAAUUUAGUUUGUGUCAUAGUACCUAAGUUCGACGACCUUUUUACUGUAUGGUGCUCGAGUUUGACUAUCAUUUAUAUAUUACUUUAGAGAAUAGUUUUAGAUUUUUUUGCUUAGGGUCAGUGUUGUGUGAUGUCUGCCAUAACUAUGUGAUAGGUUGCUAGAGGAAUAGUUUGAUAGGUAGUAGCCAAGUCGAUUAUACGAAUUUAUAGGACUUAAAUAUCCAAUAUUUACAUUUCUAAUAAAGUCUUAAGAUCCUAAUUUUUAUUAUCACAUUUGGUUUGUAAUUUGUAAUUGGGUUUUCACUUGUUGGUGAUGUUUGACUUGUUAUGACUUUGUAUUUAUUGCUUUUAUUUAUUUGUAAAGGAUGACGUGUAUAUUUCGAUCUUCCUUCAUUGUGCUCGUGCUUAUAGUUUUAGUUAAAACUAUAAUUUUUUAUUUGCUUCUCAAAAAUUAUGUCAAUUAUUGAGCAGUUAUUCUUAAUAACUAAAUUCACGUAGAGCACCCUCACACAGCAAUGCACUGGUUCAAAACCUAUAAAAAGAUUAGCAAUACUAAAACAUGUUAUUUGAUGAUAAAGUUCAAGCUCGAAGUAUGGUAAAAGGUUAAAAAAAUAUAAGGUCUUGGCAAUGGUUUGCUUAUAUCUUUCAUGUAAAAACACGAUAUCAAGUAUAUAUGUAUUGAUUCUAGUAAAAAGUUUACCAUUAUUGGAAUCCAUUGUCAAUGAUUACAAGAUUCUAACUUACACAUUAAUUGUAGAUACAUUUUGGUUUUGGAUUACUCAUUGAAUCGUGACCCUGAUCACUUAAUAUAAGCUUUGCCUUAAAUUAAUAGGAUAAAUUGGUUAAAUGGGGUUUCUUAACACAAUUUUGACGACAACUAUAAUCAAUUGGCUUUAAGAUGAGAUGGUUAAAGUUCAAAUCGAUAAUUAAUAUCAAAGUUAGGUUUAUAGGUUUGGUCAUGAUGGGGGCCAUUGAUGUUGCUCUUGAGAUUGAUGCUGCUCUUAAGCUUGAUGAUGAGUUGCCCAAACGAUGCUGCUCUUAUUUUUACAUUUAUAUUAUAAAAAAAAUAAUAAUAUUAUUUUUAUCAAUAAUGUAUGUAUAUAAUUAUACUACAAUGAAUAAUAUCAAAGACACACUAAAUUCACAAACUUAAAAGUAGAAAAUAGGUAUUUAAUUCAUUAAUGCAGGUGGCAAAUUAAUAAUUAUUGACAUAAAUUCUGGGGAUAACCCAUUAAAAGGCAUAAAAUCACUGUGGAAUUACAAAUCUAACCUCCCACUCUUAUUUUAUGCUUUUUAAUCGGUUACCCCUGCAUUCUAUCUUUUUAAUCAUAAAGACAAGGAGAGAAUUGUAAAAUCAUAAUGUGUGAAUAGGAUUUGAUGAGGCUACUUGGUUACUCUAUUGGGUGAGAACGGACAUUAAGGUGAGUUCCGCAUUCCACGCAGCGCAACCCACGGAACCGAAGAAGUAGCCACUAAUCAGAACAUGACACGCAAGAGAAGUGGCCACGUGGCUACCAGAGAUGAGGGUGUCAGGGUAGUAAGGUGGAGUGGAGCGUAGGAGAUCGAGAGCCAGUACGAAUCCCUCCCAGGCCGUUUCUAAAUCUGAAGCUUUUGCCGGUAUUAGCUAUGGCAAACGCCAACGAGGAGAGAAAGGAGGUGAGAUUCUGGGGCGCAUUGAAGAUGUUGGCUGUAUUAAUACUCGUUGUCUUUACUCAUAACCGCCUACCCACUACACUGAUCGAAGUUGGGAGCUUUUCUAGAGUUGAGAUUAAGAAGAAGAAGCAAAGAAAGCAACAACUGUUCCAAUGGCCCAACAACCCACCGGAAAUGCCUCACUGGCCGCCACCGCCAAUACCCACAACAAUGAGAGCAAUAACAACGGUAACAGCGUCAACAACGUGGUCAUAUGCACCAUUUGCAUCGACCCAGUCAUCGAGAACGGGCCCCGAGCCGUGGUUCGGCUUGGCUGCGGGCAUCGGUUCCAUCUGGAUUGCAUUGGUUCUGAAUUUAAUGCAAGGGGUAUCAUGAGAUGCCCUAAUUGCAGAGUAAUUGAAGUUGGUGAAUGGCGGUUUUCAAAUGGCCAGUGUACCCAAAAUAGAACCAAUGAGAAUCAGGCUCAGUUUUUGGUUGAAGCGCAGCCAGUAGCAGUUCUUCCUUGGUGUCCUAUUCUUGGACUUUUCACUCAUGGACCUUAUGAGGUAUGGGGAUUGCCAUCUCAUGGAUAUGGCCCUACUUUCAGCCAUCAAUGGAAUCUCCUUCCUCCGCCCAGCAAUGCUCCUGCCCAAGGCCUCCCUGCCAGUUUGCACUAUGGCAAUUGGGGUACCUUCUCUCCAACAAGUGAGAAUUCUAGCAGGGCCAAUCCGACUGUUCCCUCCAUGAUGGGAUUGUCUUGGGUUGCUUCUGGCGGAGUACCAAGUCUGCAAUCAGUCACUCAGCCAGUUGUUCUCGACCAUGGGUCUGGUGCUUUUGGCCCUUUGCCCUCUUCGAUUGGUUCACCUGUGGUGUAUACAGCAUCACCACCUGCUCAGCCUGCUGACUUUUACAUGGUUCCUCCUUCAGGCUCAGGCUUGCUGGGCCAGAUUCCCCGGCAAGCAGUUCCAAGUCCAGUCAUCCAUAACCGCAUGUUGGGACUUGACAGAAGAAUAAUUUCUCAAUAUAUCACAAACAGCAGAGAUCCAGUUUGGUGGGUAGCUGAUUAAGCUUCUGCUGUGUAUGGUCAUGGCAGCUGUGGGUGAACUGGCAGUCCCUAGUAUUGGGCAAAAAGGUUUUCGUGCCAGUAAUCUGAAUCAAUCUAAGGCACUGGUUGCUCUUCAAUCACAUGCAGAUCCUUAGAAUUUGACUUUAUAAACUUGAGUUCCCAUUGUACACUCCUAGAUACUAGGUUGACUUGUAUAUUUUCUUUUUGUGCUGAUUAACAUCACUGUAUGUAUAUAUAUUUUUUUGUACAAAACUGAAUCAAAUCAAUUGAGCAUCGUUUCUCAAAAUCAA